AGUAUGUCUGCGUCGAGUUUACAACGACAUCCGCCGUCUGCUCAGCGAGGCAUGUGUCGUUGGAUGAGAUGGCUAUCGGUUUAUGGUGUAGAUAGAGACCACUCUUCUCGCAUCAUCAUCGCUUUUGACAAGAUAUGUUAUGAAAGCUCUCCUGAUGGCCAUUACAAGAAUAUUGGAUCAGAAGAACCGUCAGAUUUGGUAACCCGGAUACCGUCACAUAGGAAAUAUAAGACCGCGUAGGAAUAUCGUAAUACGGUAAAUGUCAAAUGUUUUUUAUUGUCUCACAGUUCUAGAGUUAGUAAUAAUAAUGGAUAUAGCAGCUGACAGUGAGUAGAAAAAUUGUAAUGAUAACAAAUAAAUAACCUUAAUUAAGGCAAGAAGCCGCUUGACUUCGCAUCCAAUAUUUCUAUACAAGAAUGGGGACUGUGAUUUCUGAGUACAAUGACAUGUUUAUGCUCUUUCCGUCAGUGCUAUAAUGGAUAUAAGGAUGAUGUAAAAUUAUUGUUCAGCUUAAAUAAAGUAGAAAUUGAAUUUAUGGUUGACAGUAACAGUGUAUUCUCGAGUGCGUCUCUCUGGACCUUUCGUCGCAAAUGAUUUCUCAUUUUAUUUUCUGGCUCGUAGAAAAUGAUGGACAUAGCCAGUAAACUUCGCUUUCGGAUAAAAACGGCCAACGAGACAUUUGAAGCCAUGGUGGAUAGCUACCACACGGACGAGGAUGAUAUCGGGGCCUUAUAUUAUGUCGUGGCUGUCGUCAUGAUUUACGGACUUUCUAUUGUUAUGAUGAUUGCUUCACAUAUACGCAAAAACAAACAAGACAGUCAGCUAAGGAGCUAUCUCAAAGAAAUGUCUAUUCUUCGCAAGAACGACAGACGAGAACGAGUUUAUAAUCGUGUAGCCAACGUUCCGUCAAGUGCUAAACCAUUGUUGGGUAAAACUCGAAGUGAUCCAAAAAAUGGAACCGUGCAAGAGACAGAUGAUGAAUUCAAUGAUAUGAGGAUGACAAACGGCGAUGAGACAAGUGACUCAGUGUUUCAAAUGUCGUGUGAGGACACACCUGAAGUUGUCACUUCUGCCGAAACGCAGAGCAGAAAGUCUAGCAGACAGAGUAGUGCCCAAUUUCAAGUCAUUGAUGAAAAUGUACCUUUGUGACCCGAAGCAUACAUUCCAUAUUCGUAAAUGUGUGAUCAUGUCUAAAGACUUGAACAUGAUUUCAAAAACACACAUGUGUUCAGCGCACUGUUUUGAAGGAGGCUCGGAUUGUUUGGAAUUGAAGGGUAAAUUUUGCGUCGUGAAGUAUUUAAACCACAUUAUUACAAGUCCAUCGAAUUUUUUAACCUUACUUACCCUAUUAUUGUAUAUCAUGUAGUUUUUGUGAAGGUUUUGUAUAAUUUUACUUAAAAUUUUAUGUAUGGAAUAAAAAAAAGUCUGGACAGUUGAAACAGUACGUCAGUGCGGAAGUUCUGUUGCUUGUUGAAAAGCAACGUAUAACAUUGUGAAAAUCAAUUAUCUUUAAGUAAAAUUUGUUCACUUUUGACGUGAUUAUUGUGAAUAGAUUUUGUAUAAAUUGAUGUAAAAUUCCAGAUGCAGACAGGUGUAUUUUUUGGAAUUCAGUUCCUAGGUAUUUUUACUUGUUGUUGUUGUCCCUUAUUGAUUUUUUGGGGUGACCCUCGAACCCUGAAAAUCGUGAAUCGUGAAGCUCAAAUUCUAGGAUUGUACGUUCAUCCUUUCAUAUGCAAAUGUUUCUUUUAUCUGAAACCACGUCAUCAAAUUAUCAUUGUACGAUGGUAAACCAAACUAUUUUUAUAUGUAAUAAAUGUAGUUAUCUAUUUUU